AUGGGUAGUAAGAAGAGAAGCAGCGCCGAGACAUCGGAGGAUGUCGAGAAGAAUCAGACGGAUUUGAUUAUGAAGAAGAAGAAAUCAAAGAGUGAUAAGAUGAAAACCGUGCUCAGUGCUGAUGAUACUGAUGCGGCGGCGGCGGCGGCUCCACCCGGCGUUGCGAGCUCCGGUAAGGAUAUGGAGAAGAAGAAGAAGAGAAAAGCUUCAGACAAAGAGAGAAGACGCGCAGCUCUUGAGAACAACGACGGUGGAGCUUCCCGCCCCGACCCUAUGGCUGUCGAUUCGAACUCCGACGACCCUGAAACGUCUCUAGCCGCCGCUUCUUCCGAUUCUUCUUCAUCUGGAAAGCUGCCGGAGUUGCCACUUAACUACUUUAGGGAUUUGGCUUCUUCCGAUGCUUCCGUCAGAGAAGCAGCUGCUGCGUCGCUGGUGUCGAGGCUUCAAGAGAUUCAGAAGCAAUACGAGAUGUUACCGGACAAGGAAUCCGUCGACGGCGGAUUGAUGCUUGAAGCUGAGAAGAACGACGGUUUGGAUAACUGUGCGCCGCAUCUGAGAUACGCUCUACGGAGGCUAAUUCGUGGAGUCUCUUCUUCCAGAGAGUGUGCAAGGCAAGGAUUUGCCUUGGGGUUAACAUUGCCUGUUAGCAUAAUCUCUAGCAUUAAUAUGGAAUCGCUGCUGAAACUCAUUUCUGAUUCUCUGUCAGUAUCUUCAUCCAUGAAGGGACAAGACGUUAAGGAAUGCCUGUUGGGUAGGUUGUUUGCUUAUGGUGCGAUAGCGAGAUCUGGAAGACUGGUUGAAGAUUGGCAGUCUGAUAAAGACUCUCAGAUCAUCAAAGAAUUUACCAAUGCUGUGAUUGGUCUUGCUGCGAAGAAGCAUUACCUGCAGGAACCAGCUGUUCAUGUUCUUCUAAACUUUGUUGAGAAGCUACCCACUGAAGCUGUAGUGGCUCAUGUUAUGGAAGCUCCAGAGCUUCAGAAAUGGUUUGAGCAAGCCACAGAAGCUGGAAACCCUGAUGCUUUGCUCCUAGCGCUUAAACUCCGUGAAAAGAUUUCAGCCGAUCACCCUGUAUUUAACAAGCUUCUACCAGUUCCUUUCAGUUCAGCGAACUUUUUUUCUGCUGAUCAUUUGUCAGCCAUUGGUAAUUGCUUGAAGGAAUCUACUUUCUGCCAGCCUCGUGUGCAUAGCAUAUGGUCUGCUAUUCGAGAUAUGCUGUUACCGGAAGCAGUUGUCCAAAGCGAAGAUAUCACGAGUUCCUCGAAGAAGCAAAAGCGAAACCGCAAGUCCAAUCCCGUUGAAGACGAAGCCACAAAUAACAUCAAGAAUUUCUGCGGAAUUUUUAUGGAAGGAACCCUGCUGUCUUCAUCUCACGAUCGCAAACAUUUGGCGUUCGAUAUCCUGCUUCUUCUUCUUCCAAAGCUUCCUGCAAGUUUCAUCCAGCAUUUUUUAUCCCUCAAGUUUGUUCAGUGCCUCAUGGAUAUACUCUCCACGAAGGAGUCUUGGUUGCAUAAGGUUGCAACUCAUUUUCUUGUGGAGCUAAUGAAUUGGGUGAAAGACGACGAUACCAAGAGGGUGGCUGUUACAAUGGCUCUUCAGAAACAUAGUGAAGGCAAAUUUGACAAUGUUACGCGUACAAAGACUGUUAAAGGUCUAGCUGCAGAUUUUGAAACUGAAGAAGGUUGCACGCUUUUUCUCCAAAACUUGAUGAACUUGUUUGUGGAUGAACAGCAUGUUCCUGAGGAACCUUCAAGUAUGAAAUGGGCCCAAGAACCUAGCUCUCUGAACUCGGAUCAGAGUCAAACAACAGAUGAUAACUCUGAGAUAGGUUCAAACGAGGAGAAGGAUUCAGUUGGAGCGACUGGAAACUCGGAUGCUCUGAAAAGCUGGGUCAUUGAAUCUCUCUCUGGCAUUUUAAAACAUGCUAAGUUGGCUCCUGAGGCGAAACUGCGAGUGCAUAACCAGAUCCUGAAAUUUCUCGCUGUUCAAGGUCUAUUCGUGGCUUCUCUCGGCACUGAGGUUACAUCAUUUGAGUUGCAGGAGAAAUUCAAGUGGCCAAAGACAGCUACUCCUACUGCUCUUUGCAAAAUGUGCAUUGAGCAACUUCAGUUAUUGCUAUCAAAUUCUCAAAAGAUUGAGAAUCCACUAUCUAAGGCGAAUGGACUGGAGCAGCCCGAUGAUCCUGUUUCAUACUUCAUGAGGUUCCUUAGCACGCUGCAGAAUAUUCCCUCGGUUUCUCUCUUCCGUUCCUUGGAUGAAGAAGAUGAAAAUGCAGUUAAAGAAUUACAAGAAACAGAAAGCAAACUUUUAAAGGAGGAAAGGAAUUCAGGAUUAUCUGCUGACGCGAAAAAAAUUCAUUCAUUGAGGCACUUAGUCGUUCAGAUGUUGCUUCAAAUACUUCUUCAUCCGGGAGAGUUCUCUGAAGCUGCAGCUCAACUUUCAGUAUGCUGUGACAAAGCUUUUAAGCUCUCUCUUGAUCUUCUGAGAAGUGAUGGCGAAGGUGAGGCAGACGAAGAAGAAGAACCAGCAGUCAUGGAUGUCCUCGUGGACACAUUACUUUCCCUCUUGCCACAUUCUUCAGCUCCAAUGCGAUCUUCCAUUGAGCAGGUUUUCAAGUACUUCUGUCAAGAUGUCACCAAUGAUGGACUGCUGAGAAUGUUGCGGGUGAUCAAAAGAGAUCUAAAACCGGCUAGACAUCAGAAGAAGAAAGACUCAGACUCUAAGGAUCUUGGUGAUGACGACGAAGAUUUUCUAGCUCUUGAAGAGGAAGAGGAAGAAGAGGAAGAAAAUGAGGAAAUGGGUGAAACUGGUGAGAGCGAUGAGCAGACUGAUGAUUCCGAAACAGUAACUGGCGUUGUCCCUAGGGCAGUUGACAAAGAAGCUCCUGAAAAUUCUGAGGACUCUGAUGAUUCUUCUGAUGAUGGGAUGGAUGAUGAUGCAAUGUUUCGCAUGGACACUUACCUGGCACAGAUAUUCAAGGAGAAGAGGAAUCAACCUGGGGGCGAAACUGCUCAGUCCCAGCUUGUUUUGUUUAAACUCCGUGUCCUUUCUCUUCUCGAAAUCUAUCUACAUGAAAAUCCAGGUAAUCCUCAAGUAAUGACAGUGUACACAAACUUAGCGCAGGCACUUGUGAACCCAAGCACUGCAGAAAGUAGCCAGCAGCUUCUACAGCGUUUAUGGGGUAUCAUCCAGAAGAAGAUCUUCAAGGCUAAAGAGAUUCCCAGGGAUGAAUCUAUCGAGUUGCCUGCGCUUGCUUCUUUGUUGGAGAAGAAUCUAAAACUGGUGGCAAAACCAUUCAAGAGUAAGUCAGGGGUUGAUCCUGAGGUUGAUCCUGCCAAGAAGAAGCUGGCUGCGUGGAGACGAGAAAAAAUGAACCAGACGAAGCAGUCAGCUGCGUGGAGCCGAUACAAAAUGAUCUCUAACCUUGCCCAGAACUCAACUUACUGGGUUCUGAAGAUAAUCGAAGCCAGAAAAUUCUCAGAAACUGAACUGGAGUCGAUCCUGGAUGUGUUUCGGAAUGUCCUUGUCGGGUACUUUGAUACCAAGAAGUCUCAGAUGAAGAUAGACUUCCUUGAGCAAGUGUUUAGAAGGAGACCAUGGAUUGCACACCAACUGUUUGGACUUCUUCUGGAGAAGAGCGGGACUACCAAGUUUGACUACCGUAGAGUGGAAUCUCUUGAGUUGAUCACUGAAACUCUGAGAUCGCUGGUUCCUAUAAACGUAGACACCGAAGAAGACUCGAAGCAAAAAAUGGAGACCUAUCUGGAGAAUCUGAGUCAUUUGAUUAAAGGGCUUGUUGGAAAGAUGCCCGAUAAGCACGCAAGGAGAGCUCUGGUGCGUAAGUCCUGUGGCAGGAUCUUUCAAAUGGUCUCUUCGUUGAAACUCACCAAGUCUCUCCUCGAGGGUUUGGGACCAGAUGGUCAAACAGCUUGUGAAACUGCACUUGGUGAUACGUUCUUGAAAUUCAAGAAAACUGAGGAAUAA